GUCCAACAGGUUGUCCAAGCCCUACGUUCAACACACGUUGGUUUGGCUGCUGCUGGGAGGUGAUCAUCUGGAGUGGCACAUCUGAGGAGAGGAGUCGGUCGCCACUUAAUUGGAUUAGGAGUGAGGAAUGUUUUGUGUGUGCAUGUGUGCAUCUGCGUGCGCUUCGAGAUGAUUUGCUCUUCUGCUCACACGUGAAUACAGGAUCGGGACAGGUGGAAAUUGGCUGGAGGCGUGAGAAGAAGAUUCUUUCGGUCCGUGCCCGCGUUUAAAUUCCAGACACCGUCCAAAGGCGGUCACACUUUACAGCUCAAGAGCAGCAUUGAACACACCCGGGCAGCCGGCUCCUCUCAGAACUGGCGAAGUCGGGGUCAAGUGAAGCUGUGGCCGAAAUUGCUCAGCCAAGUGUCCCCUAUUUUCUACCUGGUCGUGGUCUCCAUACAACCAUCACCAUUUCUUCCAAAAGCAGACAGGACGAUCGCCCCCCUCUCACGCGGGUCGUCCGUAAGAAGCGACUGAUCGCCGCGGCGGUGGGAGUCGUCAUGGUCCUUCUGCUGGUCAUCUUGAUCCCGGUGCUGGUGAACUCGGCCGGUACCUCCGCCCACUACGAGAUGCUGGGCACCUGCAGGAUGGUCUGCGACCCUUACGAUACGAAAGCCACCACGGCGGCUGCAGAAACCGUGCGGGAUCACAGCAUGAUGCCUUUGCCCACUUUCAUCCAAGGACCCAAAGGGGACGCGGGGAGAUCGGGUAAAGCCGGGCCGAGAGGUCCGCCCGGUGAACCGGGGCCGCCGGGCUCAAUCGGGCCGCCGGGAGGGAAGGGUGAGCCGGGCAGGCCGGGGCAUCCAGGCUUACCGGGACCUCCCGGGCCAAAUGCCGGAGCCAUUAGCGCUGCCACCUACAGCACAGUGCCGAAGAUUGCCUUCUACGCUGGCCUCAAGCGGCCACACGAAGGUUAUGAGAUCCUCAAAUUCGACGACGUGGUCACCAAUCUGGGGAACCACUACGACCCAACCACCGGCAAGUUCACCUGCUCCAUCCCGGGGAUUUACUUCUUCACUUAUCAUGUUUUGAUGAGAGGCGGGGAUGGCACCAGCAUGUGGGCAGACCUGUGUAAAAAUGGCCAGGUUCGGGCCAGUGCUAUUGCUCAGGACGCCGACCAGAAUUACGACUAUGCCAGUAACAGCGUGGUGCUCCACUUGGAUGCAGGGGAUGAAGUUUACAUUAAACUAGACGGCGGCAAGGCCCACGGCGGCAACAAUAACAAGUACAGCACCUUCUCUGGAUUUAUAGUCUACGCUGACUGAGAGGAGGGGGGGGGGGAGCAAGUAAGCAACCAAAUCGAAUCAGCUCCUGCGGGAACGACUUGAAGGCGGGAUUCCCACGGCCUAGAAAGAUCCACAUAACCAAAUGGACGGUCUCCAAACGUGCACGGUACUUUUGGAUACAACCAGGCAUUUUUUUGUUGAAAGAAAAGCAAUUUGAAACACACUUGCACACCGCGAAAAAAAACCCAAACCCAUCCCCAUUUAAAUAGACUCAGUUUGGGUUAUUCUGAUUAUUCCACCCACAGCAACUUCUCAAUGUUAGCAUUUGCAUUUGUGAGAGGAAGUCAGUCCACUUCUGAGCAGAGGGGUCAAUUUCUCUUAAAAAAUAAAAUCCUCAAGGUCACGUGGGAGGGAAAGCAGGAUGUCAAGUGUUCCCAAUCCUCUGAUGCUUUGAUGUAUUUGAACUUACAGCUUUAUCCAUUGGUUGUCGCAACUAACCAUUUCUGCUUGGAUUCCACUUUACUCGCUGUGGUGAGCAAAGAUUUUCUGACGAUGAUUAUAAUUGCAAUGUUAAAUGAGUAUGCUGCUGUCUUUAAUAAGGUCAGUGUUUGCCUUCUAUUGGAGUCAAUCUUUCAUUUAACAAUUCCACUUUAAUAUAAAAGAAUACUGUGCGUGCAAUAGAUAAUGUGCAGCUUUCUGAUCGCUGUGGCAUGAAUUUCAAAUUCGAUAUAUAUGUAUAUGCAAUAAGAUGCAAUAGAUUUUAUAAAAUAAAUCUUUUAAUCAUAUAAGGGUAAGGUAUUCAAUAUUUUCAUGCAGCGCAAAAUAAUCAUUUGGAGGACAAUUAUUUUAAUAUAACAUAGAUUUUAUUACUUACAUUUUGAUUGUCGGUUAAUAUUUCAUACAUAAGACCGCUUGAUUAAACUGUACCGCUUUGACCGCCCAAGCUUGUAACACUCUUACAUUAGAUACUAUCUACUUCCCUGAUGAAUAAUUGCACUGCUCAUACAGCUGUCGAUCGAGUGCGAUGAACAAUCGUGUGUGGUUAGGAUUGAGUUAAAACGUGCUUGCAGCAUUCCGCCUCAAUAUUACAUUCGGAAAAUGUAAGGCAUUUUACACUUAAAUUCUUCCACAAAUUUAAUUGUUUUCUUUAGCCUAAGAAUUGGACUCUUUUUGAAAUCUGGUGUAAGACAGGCGUUUCCUUUUACCCACGCUUUAAUUUUAUGUGCUUUAUUCCAAUUCCUCCAUUACUGCCUUGGACCCAGAUUACUGUUAUAAAAUAUUGCUGUUCAUUAAAAGAGGAUGCAAUACC